ACUUUUUUCGAAUAAAUAAUUAGUUUAAGCAUGACAUAUGGAUCCUAAUACAAAUUUUACAGGCACUGAAAGCUUAUUCAAAAAAUCACUUUUACAAGAUAUAGUUCAAAUUAGUUGUAAAACUAAAAUAAUUACAUCAUUACAAGAUACCAUUAAAACAGAUAUUGAUGAGGAAUGUAAUUUACUUUCACAAAUUUCAAUAGAAACUUUGCCUGAAAUAUCAGUUAUGAUGGAUACCCUGAAAUACUAUUAUGAUAAAUUAAAUGUUAUUCAGAAUGACAUGAAAUAUAUUAAUACAAAAAUGGCAUCUUUGAAGGAAAAAAUCAAAAUUAAAGAUGAAAUAAAAAUAUUAGCAGCAUUGGAAGAUGAUAUUGAAAUUGCAGAAUCAUUUGAUUAAAUUGUAAAAAUAUCUAUUUUCAUAGGUAUAUUUAUAAUGAAUCUAAUUUAAUAAUGUGCAUUAUUUUAAUCUAAUUAAUGCAAUGGAUUUUAAUUUAUAUAUUAUUAAAACUACUUUAUAAAAUAUUAAAAUUCUAGUAAACUAUUAUAUUAAAGCAUUUUGGGCAAUUUUUAUAUCUAUGUAUACAUUAUCUCAAAAAUAUUA